AAAUCGCAAACUUCACGCUACGGAACGCACACAUCACGCUGGUCGUCGAUAUCACCGAUACAAACAUCAGACACAAGACAUUCUCGCAGGCACUAAACAUUCCUGUGCACAAACGAGACGAGGCCAGACUCCGAGACCAUCGACUCCAUCCGUGGCUUUAUUUCCCACUCCAAAGACAUGACUCGAGCAGCGAUUUCUCGAGCAGCAGCGAUUUCCUUGCGACAAUCCUGUCGGGCAACGCGGCGGUCCUCUGUGUCUGUUGGACUGAAGCUACAGCGUGGGGUCUGAGGAAGGACAAGCUAUCUGUCAAUUCACCUCACAAAGGCGCCGCCCAUCUGCCAACAUGGCUGCUGUUCCAAAGGACUUCGUUGAUCUGGCGCACGCCUUUGCCGCGCAAGAAGGGACGUUGGUCAACAUCAUCGGCGUCGUGGUCGAUAAGAUGGACCCAACGACCACGAGACGCAGCGACUGGAUGUUAACGUUCAAGAUCACCGACCCGAAACUUCUGGCCACACAACCAAGUGCAGAAGGUUUGACCAUCCGCUUCUUCAGACAGGAUCCAACCCAUCUCCCACGCGUGCGCAGCAUCGGUGAUGUUGUGCUGUUGAGGAGCAUCAAGAUCAGUACCUUCAAUGGCCAGCGUCUAGCUUUAUCGCACUCCACCACUUCGUCACUAGUCUUUCCGUCUGCGUCUAUACCAGAUCCCAACUUCACCAUCGGCUAUCAAGGCAGCAACAGAAUCGAGUGCCUGGGCAUUCCGAUGCAUGUCGAGAAGUUCACCCUCAACGAGCAGCAGUAUGUCAUGAGCCUGCGACAUGCUCUGGGAGGAAUCGUUGGUGAAAGAGCGACAUUGGCCGCAGCAAUGGCGGCCGUACCUACGCUACAGGCUGCAGGUACUGUUCCGAAGCAGAAGCUCCCAGCCGAAUUCAACAGCGCACUUGAGCCGCCCGCGAAAAAGCAGAAGUUCGAGUCAAGUCUGGGAGCAAAGUUCAAGCUCGUGCGAGAUCUGAAGGAGCCGAAAAGCUUCGCUGACGUUUGUGGCCUCGUUGUGAAAUGCAUUGGAGCACAAUACGGCGGCUGCGAUUUGUACAUCACAGACUACACGCCUAACGAGCAAAUGCGCUAUUAUCCACCGCCAGAAGAAGAGACCGAUCGUGAACGGGAUGGCGACAUGUACGGCUACAACGGACCACCUCGAAAGUCAUGGCCCGGACCUUACGAAUAUUUAGUCUUGAAGGUCAAUGUCAAAGAGCCUCACGCAAGCUUCGCCGUCCAAUCUGUCCGAGAAGGAGACUGCGUCAUGCUUCGCAACAUGAAGACCCGUAUCACUCCGAUGGGGACAUGGCUGGAGGGCGACAUGUGGCCCGAUGACAAGUAUCCCAACAAGGUCUUAAUCACCAAAGUUCUGAACUUGAACUUCCCAGAAGCGAAGGCCUUAUUCCAGCGCCGGGACAAUUACUGGGCCAAACGAGAUGCUCUCUUGGCUCCCAAGCAGAACGAGGGAGCCACACUCAGCAAAGCCGAGAGGAAACGCCAGAAAAGACAGAAACGCAAGGAUGGACGGCAAGCGAAAUCCGGACCGCAGGAGAAUGUCGAGCCUUCCAAAGACGACACUUCCAGUAACGAGCACAGCGACGACGCAUCUAAAUCAACGCGGAUGAAACCCGAUACCAACCAAUACGUACGCUGCCGCGACCAGGACAUCAGCCUCACACGUAUCAAAGACAUUCUCGACCCACGCAAUCUCCGACACACCAACCGCCGCCUCGAUGGACAAGAAUACAUUCUCCCUUUCAUCAACGCCAAGUACCGCGCCAAAGUCCGCGUGGUGGAUUUCGAGCCCAAAGACCUCCGCGACUUCGCCGUGCGGCCGGUGCAGAAUGAUAGUCAGGCCAUUUCCGAGUCGACAAUGGACUGGACAUACGAAUCCGCCUCUCCGCCGUCGUGGGAAUGGCACUUCUCGCUCUUGCUGGAAGACGCAUCUGUACGUCCUGAACAUCGCACUGAAGACGAUCGAAUAUGGGUGAACAUCCAGCAUGAACAAGCACAAUUCUUGUUCGGCAAUAGAUUGGCUGAUCCGGGCGAUAUGACGGGCGGGACUGCCGGGCUAUUGGCUCAGUUACGGGAGAGACUAUUCAUUCUUUGGGGAAACUUGGAGGAGAUACACAGUGCAGGUGCUGAAGAGGGUGGAGUAGAGGCGAUGCAGCAGGAACUGAGCAAUUUGCCGUUCGAGUGCUGCGUCAUGGAGUACGGAGUGGAGAGAGAUGAUGAUGAUCCGGAAAAGGGUCCGAGGCCGGAGGAGGCGUGGAAGAGGAUGUAUGGUAUGUUUGGGGCGACGAUCUUGUGA